ACAUAAACCCCCGUUUUGCUACAUCUAAUGAAAACAGAAAACGCGUGUGAGAGACAGAAAGAUGGAAAGAGAAGUGGAAAUAGAAAUCCGUACACUCACCGGUGAAUCUACGAAGGUGAGAAUAUCAUCAAAAAAAAUUGUUAAUGACCUCAAACUCCUCUUGAUUCAUGCAUCUUCCUCCCCCAAUUUCCAUCUCUUCUUCAAGGGAGUGAAAUUGAGUUUGAAGACUCCGAUCGACACGCUUUCUAUUGAGAAUGGUGAAUUUCUAGUUCUAGUUCCAUUUAACAAGAAAAAAGAUCCACCUAAAACCCCAACACCUGAUUUUUACAAAAACGCCCCCACAAAACCCUCAAUUUCUGCCUUGGCAGAUUCAACAUUUUCUGAGAUGAUGCAAGACUUGUCGUUUUUAUCAGAAAAACCAACCACCAGCACAAGCACAAGCACAAGCACAAACAGUACUGCUGCUACACAGCCCGAUUAUAUGUUUUCCGGAUACAAGCGAAAGAGGGGUUUUAAAGAUACUCCUACUAGUAGUAGUAGUGAUAAAGAGUUGCUUUGUUUUUUAUGGAGUGUGUUGCGUUCUCCUAACAAAAACAAUUAUAUUGUCGACGACAAAACAAAAUGUGAAAAAUUUGUUGAGGUUUUGGAUUCAUUUAGUUGCUUGACGAAUCCACAUUCCAGGACAUGUGUGUUUUUGGAUUUGGGAUUGUGUGGAGAUAAGAGGCCUUCGUGCUUUUGUCCGGCGUGGCUGAAAAGAAUUAUGCAGGCUUUUGCCUUCUUGAAUAUUUUCACUGCAUUUCUUCAAAUGCAGAGGCGAGAAAUUACCUCGGAUUCAUUGAAGGAGGCCCUAAAGAAUCUUGCGAAAUCUGGUUUGAAAGCUGGUUUUGAGGAUAUAGAGCUUCUUUCUGUUCUCUAUCCUAAGGUUGUAUUUUUUGCUACUAAUGAUUCUAAGUUUGCUAAUGCUGCUGAUGUCUUUGUUAUCAUCAAUUCUGAUACAAAGGAUAAGGAUGAAAUUGGUGAACCUUCUAGAAAAGGUAAAAAAUCCCUGUCUUUAUUGACCAUAUUCAAUAAAAUGAAAAAACAGGAAAGUGCCUUCAAAACUAAUUUGUGGGAAGCUGCUAAAUUUUUAUUGUGCAAAAUUGGAAAUAGAGUUGCAAUGCCAUUUUCCUUGGAAGAUCUACUGAAAUUUGUGCGGAAAGAUGGCAUUUCUGUGAGUGAAAGUGAAGCAAAGCAGGCAAAAGGAUGCCAUUCCUUGGCCUCAAGCUCAUAUUCAUUCCAGACACGAUGCCAUGUGGUUUAUGGUCAGUUGUCCACCACCAUAGAAUGCAAGUUGCACCCCACAGAAACAAAUCAAUUGCUGCCAGUGGAAAUGGUUGAACAUCUCAGGGAAGGCAUUGGAUCGAAAGGACAGAUAGUGCAUGUUGAAGACAUUGAUUCUAGAAAACCUAUUUAUGUGCAAGUACCAAAUGUACUCUCAGAUAACAUGAAGUCUGCUCUAAAAUGCAUGGGAAUCACUAAAUUAUACAGUCACCAGGCAGAGUCCAUCCUGGCCUCUCUUUCUGGGAAGAAUGUCGCAGUGGCAACAAUGACAUCUAGUGGGAAAUCUCUUUGCUAUAAUGUGCCUGUUCUGGAAGCUUUGUCCCAGGAUUUGUCAUCUUGUGCUCUGUACUUGUUUCCAACUAAGGCCUUGGCUCAAGAUCAACUAAGAGCGUUAGCAAAGAUGAUUAAAGGAUUUGAUACUAGCAUAAACAUAGGGAUAUAUGACGGUGACACUGCUCUGAAGGACAGGCUGUUGCUUCGUGCGAAUGCUAGACUGUUGAUCACAAAUCCAGAUAUGUUACACUUGUCAAUUUUACCUUAUCAUAGACAAUUUGAUAGAAUUUUAUCAAAUCUCAGGUUUGUGGUGAUUGAUGAAGCUCAUUAUUACAAAGGUGCAUUUGGAUGCCACACUGCUCUAAUAUUGAGACGACUUCGUCGUCUCUGUUCUCAUGUAUAUGGCAGUGAUCCUUCUUUUGUGUUUUCUACUGCAACUUCUGCCAACCCUUGCGAGCAUUGCAUGGAACUUGCAAAUCUUUCAACAUUGGAGCUGAUUAAAAAUGAUGGAAGUCCAUCUUCUCGGAAGCUUUUUGUUCUUUGGAAUCCUACUUCAUGUCCUAGAAUCGUGCCAAAUAAAUCUGAGGGUCCCAUGGAUGUUAGUGAGAGCACAGAGAAAAGCAUGAGCCCAAUUUCAGAAGUUUCAUACCUCUUUGCAGAAAUGGUUCAGCAUGGACUUCGUUGCAUUGCCUUUUGCAGAUCUCGUAAACUCACUGAGAUUGUCUUAUCUUAUACGCGUGAGAUUCUUCAAAAGACAGCACCCCACCUUGUAGGCUCAAUUUGUGCUUAUCGUGCUGGCUAUGUUGUUGAGGAUCGGAGGCAAAUAGAGAGAGAUUUUUUCAGUGGGAAACUCUCUGGCAUUGCUGCAACAAAUGCUCUUGAGUUGGGUAUUGAUGUUGGCCAUAUUGAUGCCACUCUGCAUUUAGGCUUUCCUGGUAGUUUUGCCAGUUUGUGGCAGCAAGCUGGCAGGUCUGGAAGAAGAGAAAGGCCAUCUCUUGCUGUAUAUGUUGCGUUUCAAGGACCUCUGGAUCAAUAUUUUAUGAAAUUUCCUAAAAAACUCUUCCAUGGUCCGAUUGAGUGCUGUCAUAUUGAUGCUCAAAACCAGCAGGUGUUGAAGCAACAUCUGGUCUGCGCUGCUCUUGAACACCCAUUGAGUUUGCUUCAUGAUGAGAAAUAUUUUGGCUCUAGUUUAAGCAAUGCGCUGAUGUCCCUUAAAAAUAAAGGAGACCUGAGCUUUGAUCCUUCACGUGAUUCUUUUGCUAGAAUAUGGAGUUACAUUGGGCAUGAGAAAAUGCCUUCACGUGGAAUUAGUAUUCGAGCAAUAGAGUCCACCAGAUACAGAGUGAUAGACAUGCAGCGGAAUGAAGUCCUUGAAGAGAUUGAGGAAAGCAAAGCUUUCUUCCAGAUAUAUGAAGGUGCGGUCUAUAUGCACCAAGGGAAGACCUAUAUGGUCAAGGAAUUGGAUAUAUCAGAAAAGAUUGCUUUGUGCUAUGAAGCCAACUUGCAUUAUUAUACAAAAACCCGUGAUUAUACAGAUAUUGAUGUCCUUGGAGGUGAUAUUGCCUAUCCACCAAGGGCCUUCAAGAACCAGUCUUCAAGAACAGCAGCUCAAGCACUUUCUUGUAAAGUAACAACUACUUGGUUUGGUUUCUAUUGCAUACAAAGAGGAAGCAACAAAGUCUUAGAUACUUUUGAUCUUUCACUACCCAAAUAUUCAUAUGAAUCUCAGGCAGUUUGGAUUCCAGUUCCUCAGUCAAUUAAAAAAUUGGUCGAGGAGAAACAAUUUUCCUUUCGUGGGGGUUUGCAUGCUGCUUCACAUGCUCUUCUCAAUGUAGUGCCUUUAUAUUUAAGAUGCAACUCGUCUGACUUAGCUCCAGAGUGUCCAAACCCUCAUGAUAGCCGUUAUUUUCCUGAAAGAAUACUUGUUUAUGAUCAGCAUCCAGGAGGGACAGGUGUCUCAAUGCAGAUUCAACCUUAUUUCUCAGAGCUGUUGAAUGCUGCUUUGGAACUUCUCACAUGUUGCCACUGCUCAGGAGUCACUGGCUGCCCAAAUUGUGUUCAAAGUAUGGUUUGUCACGAGUACAACGAGGUUAUACACAAGGAUGCUGCGAUUAUGAUUCUUGAGGGUGUUCUGGAUGCAGAGUCUUUCUUUGGAGAAGCAAACGACUAUUCCUAAAACCAUAGCGAGUCCUGAAUCAUUAGCGCUUGCUAAUAUGGUUCUCUUACAGCCUGGGGAGGGUUUACUGAAUUUGUCAGUUGUACAUGUAUCGUUGACUGUUGCAGAGCCUACUACAGUGGCAAGUAACAUUGUUUAUGAAAUUAUAAAGGCCAACUUCAUAUCAAAAAAGCCAAACCAUACAUCUUAGUCUCUAAAUGAUUAGUUAUCUUUGGUCAAGUUUUUUGUCCUUCCUUGCAAAGAUUUCAAAUUAGCUUGUGAAGCUUGCGAAGUCGCUUGCAAUCAAAGAAAAAUCAAGGACAUGGAUAAUUGUAAAGAAGUCUAUUAUCAACUUUUUCCACCUCAUUUUCCGUCA